AAUAAUACAAAAUUCCCAAUUUCACCAUGUUUUUAUAGUGCAUCAAAUCGGUCUCCACACAAGAAAUAAUUGAAUUUGAGAGAUGGUAUGGAAGGACAUUCGUCAACAAGCUUCGCCCCAGAUUCCUCCGACCACCAGUACCAGUUUUCUUACAGAACAAUCCCGACGAGGUGGCUAUAUGGGAUCCGAAUUUACCGAAUUCGGUAGGAACCAUCACCAUCGUCAUUAUCAACAUCAUCAACAGCAUUUUCACCCUCAAAAUCAUCCUCAUCUCUUAGCACCGCCACAUCAGCAUCUGGACAUGCACGAGGCGAUAAUACAGAGAGAGAUGGAAAAGGAGCGUAUACGAGAGGAGAUAAUCAUGUCCGAAAUGAUGAGAAGGCGUGUUCUAGAAGCUGAGGUGAGGAGAGAGAUGAUGCUAGAGAGAGAAUAUUCUCUGCGUAGAGGAGGCAUCGAUGGGUUCCCGUUUGGGCCCUCUUCGACGCGGGCCCCACUUUUGGGGGUGGGGUCCGAAGGGAGGUCCCUCGAGGAAAGGAUUGCCUUCUCAGUCACGGAACGGGAGAGGCUAAAUGGGAGGCACGUUGACUCUUUGCCCUUUCAGACAAGGUCGUCUGUUGACCUACGAAUUUCCGAGGUCAAGGUGAAUAAGGAAAAGGAGAAAAUUAUUUUGAUGGCUAAACCCGAGGAAAAUAUAUCCGGAUCGAAGAGGAAAGCACCAUCACCACCAACGCAACCAUCAACACCGCCACCUGGAGCAGCAGCCGCUAGCGAACCCCCACCGGAGAACAUCUCAAAGAAAAAAGCUGCAGAAAAGUUGACUUGCGCUAUAUGCCAGGUCAGCACCACGAGCGAGCAAGGCUUGUCCGAACACAAGAAGGGGAAAAAGCACAAGUCCAAGGAAUCCGCAUUACGAGCCGGAAAAAACUACACCAUAGGGCUUUUACCAACAACAACGAGAUCUACUGCUACAUGCAAAUCCGCCGAGGUUCUUCUAGAAACUUCUACCGAACCUGUCAAAGAGGAUGUAGUGAAGUCAACCUCCGACUGUUUGCUGUCUGAAAAAAGAGACGAUAUCGAAAUCCUAAACUCCGACGAGUCGAAGAAGAAUGGAUCUGUGGUGGUUGAAAAGGGGCAGAAAAACGAUAGGAAGAAAUGGCAGAGGUUUUGGUGCGAGAUUUGCCAGGUGGGCACCCCUUCUCAGAAAAUUAUGAAUGCUCAUAAAAAAGGGAAGAAACAUUUAAAAAGAAGCAACCAAAGCUUGUCCGAUGAGAAGGGCAAGAUUGUAAUUAACGUGAAUUGCGAAGGAGCUGUUGCUCGAGAUGGGGACGAAAUCGCUGCGGAUAAUGUGGAUGAGGCAUUCGGGGAAGAUAGGUCUGACGAUGUAGCGGAUCACAGCCCAAAGGUGAUGAACUAAUGGUGUCUUAAGUUCAGUCCUAGGUUGUCUGUGCCCUCUUUUUUUUUUUUUUUUUUUUUUUUUUUUAAAUUCAAAUCCAAUUAAUUAACUUGAGUUUGGAUGUUGAUUUAAAAACUUGUAUCAGUAUAAAAUAAAUCUAAAUUAUAAUGUAUUUUGAUUGAA